CUAUGUCGUACACACAACGCUCUUUACGCUAUCAGCUCUUUUUACCCAAAAUCUUUUGAUUUUGUGUUUAUAUCACAGAUUAAAGUUGUAUGUAAUCUGCGUCAGUAUAAUAACAUCAUCCUUCCCGAUUGUAUUCCUUUACGACGUGCUGUCUAUCGUCCAUCCGUCCGUCCACGCCCGCAGUCGGAGAUCGGAAUUGCCUGUCCAUAAUAUCGUCCACGUCCUUCUGCCACCACGUUAUCACGUUCAUAUCGAUACGACAAACAAACACAAUAUUAUUAUUAUUUAUUUUGUACAACUGUUGUCGGAGUGAUAACGGCCCGGACGUACGCGGAUAACGAUUAACGACUCAAAUCUGUGACCACAGGGAAAAGGCCACCCGACCGUCGCAGCCGAACAGCACUCUCCACUCAUCGACGACGACGUACACGUUACAUCUGCAACUCGUCAAGUGUCCCAGACGCCUUGUAUUUCGAUUCGCGACUCCAACCUAUGUUCAUAUAGGAAACAAUGGACCACCUGCCUGCACCGUCAUUCGACCCGGCUCUACUUGAUAUGGAGAAUAUGACCGCUGAAAAGUGGUAUGCGCUUAUAUACAACAGGAUAGUACAACAAGAAGAUAUUUUUGUCGUUAGUUUCAAAAAGAAAGUUAUCGAAAUCAUGAAUAUGUGCAUGAACAAGCCUAAUAGCACAUUAGAAAGUAUACAACAAGAUAUUACAAACACAAUCAAUGAAUCUCACUUUGAAUUUGAACACCAAAAUUUUAUUGAAGGUAUUGUUGGAGGUGCUUAUGAAUACCUUUGCCAGUUCAUUAUUAAAAAUUCAAUGGAAAAUAUUAAAAGAACUCAAUGUGCUUUAAAUUGUUUUUCAUUGACAAAUAAUUUAAAUCCUGGUGCUGUAAGAUCAUGCUACAAUGAUAAUAUUUUGUUACAAGGAUCUUCUAAAUUGACUCAAAUUCCAUGUUUAUCAGAAGCAAACAAUAAUUCAACUGAAUCAGAUAAAGCAAUUCAAUCAUAUAUAUUGAGCAAUAAUUCUGAAAAUGAUUCAAAUUCUCUGUUAAUGGUUGAAGGAGAAAAUAUUAAAAAUACUACUGCCAAUAAAAUUGAAGCCUCAUCAUUUCAUAAUUACAGGCCAACACUACAAAUAGACAACUUAUAUGUAGAACCUACAAAUGAUGAUUUACCAUUGUUUAAUAAUAUGCACACUGAUGAUAAUGUGAAUUCAGCUCAUUCAUCAGCAAUUAUGGAAGAUGAUGAAAAAACUACAGAAGCUAUUAUGUCCUUAGCUUUGACAAUACAAACAAAUUUUAAUUUUGUUGAUGAUUUUGAAAGUGAUGACAUUAAUGUUGGCAAUGUGUGUGCUACUAAUGAAAUUCAAACUACUAAAUGUCUCAUAGAACAAAACGRAGACCAAAAUACCGAUCCACUUAAGCUGGAGGAAGAAUAUAAAAUGCAUAACAGUUUAAAACUUUUAGAAAGCUUGGUUAAUAUUGAACAUGAUAAAUUGGAAGUUCAAAAAAGCUUAACAGAAAAUAAAAUACAACCAACUAUUGAAACAAAUGAAACAACACGUUUCAAAAGUUCUAAAAAGGUAAAUAUCUUGAAAAAUAAAAGUCGAAAAGUGCAUAAAACUUCUCUUAAAGAAGAAGAAAAAGAAGAAGAAUGGUUGCCAAGUAGCAAUAAACGAAAUCAUGGUUCAAAAAAUAAAACGAAAACCAAUAAAAUUAAAACCUGUAUAGAUAAAGCAUACAAAAAAAGUAAAAAACUGAAAGUACAAAAUACUUUGAAUAAUGUAUCUAMAAGUAACCCGAGUAGCUCUACAGAAAUUCAAAAUGAUAAAAGUAUUUCAUUGGCUCUGAAUGGCUCUUUAUUUUCUAGCUAUACUAAAAAGCCUGAGACAAUAGUUUCCACUACCAAAAAUACUAAAUCAUUGGAUACUUCCAGUUCCGUAGAAACGCUAGCGGAGAAUCAUAACACAAAAGACCGUUUACAAACAAAUGAAUUUAAACAACUUUCAAAUAAUGUUGAAAGUAUGCCACACAAUGAAAAAAAAAAUUGUCUUGCAGUUGCUKGUAAUAACUCAAAUGUGGUAUUAAUUAAAACUUCUCAUGUUGCUUCUACUAGUGGUUAUAAUGAUAAAGAUGUUGGCAAUAUUAAAAAUAAAUCAUCUUGUCUCUCGGGCUCAGUAAUGAAAACUUUGGACUAUAAAAAAAUAUACGAAAAAGACCGUAAAAGUUUAUUCAGUCCUGAUAUUGUCAUYAUCAAAAAUAUGCCCAUUAAACCUUUGAAAGAUUUUGAAAAUGACCUUCCCAUCAAAAAAGAAUACAAUUUAUUACAAAUAAAAGAAGAUCAAGAUAAAAAGCCAAAAUCUAAAAUACAUAAGGAAGAAAUAAUUGAUAUUAAAACUUCUAAUAAAAAGAGUAAGUUAAGUACAUCUAAGGUAAAGACAACUAAAAGUAAUCCUAAAAUGAAACGUGAUUCAAAAUCUAAGCCAAAUAAUGCAUUGACAUCAUCAGAGCAGAAAUCAUCAUAUGUGAGACGGUCCAAUAAUAAAUCCAAGAGACUUAAAGUUUUGAAGUCUGAUGAUGAAUCUAUGACUAUUGCAGUUAGUAAAACAAAUAAUGGGUCUAAUACUAAAGAUAAAUUGAAAAACAAAGUUUCUGGUGAUAUUGACACUUUAAAUCUUCAAAAAUUGGAUAAAACAAACAUUUUGGAAAAUAACAAGUUUGGAGAAGGUACUUCAAGACAUCAACAAUUGAACGGAGUUAAUGUUAUGGAUAAUAAAGAGUCUAAUGAUAAUGCAUUAAACGAAGAAGCUUUGCCUGAAUGGUUAAGAAAGAAAUGUGAUAUUUAUAAUAUUAAACCUGUAUAUGUUGUUAUUAAUCCAUUUAUUACAUAUUAAAUUUCUUAUU